UAAAUAAACCCCCUCAGCCUCUCCAUCUGUAUUGCAUGUUCUUCUCUCCUCUCUCUACCCCCAAAACUCCCAGGAUCCCAAAAGAUUAAAAAAAAUCCAAUUUUCAAUGGCUGUUGAAGCUCACCAUCUUCAUCUCUUCCCUCCUCAGCUCAUUACCAAUCGAGAAAUCGUCAACGCCAUUGAAACGAACGCCAAUUACUACAACAAUCAGAUGGGCUUCAACGUCCCGUUUCCUAGCGCACAGACUCUCAUCCCAUUCUACAACUCUACCAUAGCCGAUUCAAUCCCUGCCGACAGCGGCCUCACCUGCAAUCUCCCGGCCCCGCGAAAGAACCUUAGGGAAUUCAAUAUCAACAACAACAACGGCAAUAGCAACGGAAAUAACCCGUUUCUUGCAAUCUCCGAUCAGAAGGAAUGUCAUGCCCAUCCCUUCUCCUUCCUCGGUGAAGACCUCUCGUUGCAGAUCCAACAGCAGCAAUUGGAGAUCGAUCGGUUCAUCGCCCAACAUGCGGCGAAGGUGAGGAAUGAGCUCGUGGAGCGGCGCCGGCAGCAAUCGAAGCGGCUCAUCGCAGCCGUCGAAGAGCGGAUGAUGAAGAGAUUGAAGGCCAAGGAAGAAGAAAUCGAUAAAAUCGGGAAGCUGAAUUGGGCCUUGGAAGAGAGGGUGAAGACCCUCUGCAUGGAGAACCAGAUAUGGCGGGACCUCGCUCAGACCAACGAGGCAACGGCCAUCGCUCUCCGGACCAACCUCGAUCAGGUGAUGGCCAUGGUGCGAAGCGAUCCUGGCCGUGAAACGGCCGAUGAUGCCGAGUCCUGCUGCGACAGCAGCAGCCAUGACGAGGAGCGGCGCAGGUUAGCCGUGCCAGCACAGGAUAAGAACGGUGCGCAGGAUAAAGGUGAAGCGGGGCGCAUGGUAAGGGUGUGCAGGAGCUGCGGGAAGGGAGAAGCAUGUGUGCUGCUGCUGCCGUGCAGGCAUCUGUGCCUGUGCACGGCGUGUGGCACUUGCGUGCACACGUGCCCCGUGUGUAAAUCCAGCAAUAAUGGCAGCGUGCACGUGAACAUGUCAUGAACCCAAAAAAAUAAAAAUAAAAAAUGGGGAAAAAAAAAAGAAAAAGAAAAGAAAAUUGUAGAAAUUUUAUCUUUUUUGUUUAUAUUUUUUUGUAGUUUUUUUUUUUUUUUUGGGUAAUUUUACGCUUACAUCCUUUUGGUGAAUGCGCGGAAUGUUCGGUGUAUAUGUUAUACACUGAAUCAAUUGUCUAUGUUCGAGUUUUGUUGGGUCCUUGGUAUAUAAUGCUAGUUGAUUUCAUGAAA